AUAUACUAUCUACAGAUAAAGAUAAAAUACUACCUUCUACUGUCAGUAAUUAGCUGUCAAUAAUCUGAAGCUGUCCCAAUAUACCCGAUAUCAUUCUUAUCGCCUUAUAUUGGGACUCGUGAAUAUCAAUGUUCAUAUAAACUUCUAUCGCUGGUAAGCUAUACGUCGUCCCAUUGACAGACAGCGUGUAUGGAUAAGAAAGCGCAAGCCGGCCUCCAUAGAGAUGUUCGCGCCAUUUGUUCAGAAACCUGCCAUUUCGUUGGUUUGGAAAUCACAAAACCGGCCAUGGAAAUAAUAGCGGAGCUCGUACUUAAAAAACUUGUUGUGUAUGGAAGUGACUUGGAAGCCUUUGCUAAGCAUGCAAAACGUUCAACAGUUAAUGCAGAAGACGUGAAAUUAUUGGUGCGCAGAAACAAAUCUCUGAAGGCACGGAUAGAUACCUUAAGUAGCAAUACUCCAAAAGAGAAACGACGUAAGACAAUACCACUAGUUAUAAAGCCAGUUGAAACGCCAUCCAAAGAUGUCGGAAAAGAAGAUAAAGCAACAGAAAGUGUUCUUGAUCAAACUAUAGAUCUUACUUUUGAUUAAAUGAAUAAAUGAGUAAAUCAUU